UCAUCUCUAAAAAUAUCCUUCGGAAACUGCACCAAAACUGUUGGUUAGGUUUUUUCCUGUCAUCGGCCGCUGCGAUGGUGCGACAUGGGUAACGCGAACGUAAAACCAUAUCCGCGAGUGAGAAAUAAAAAACAGGUACAUUGGAAAGCUGCAGGAGCAUGUUUUGGUAAAGGAGUAGCAAGUUUUGAUAUAGAUCGACCUGCACCUCCUGGCAAACCCGAACUCCUUCCCGAAACUGAAGGAACCCCCGACUUGGUAACUCUCCGUUGGUCUCGGCCAAUCAAUGAUGGAGGUUCUCCUGUUUCCGGGUAUCUUGUGGAACACCGCAGAGUGGGUUCUCCACAUUGGGUACGAGCUACACCGCUACCGGUACUGUUUCCUGAAAUAACACUCAGCGGCUUAGAACCAGGGUGGCGGUAUCAGUUCAGAAUUAGCGCCGAAAACGCAGUAGGGUAUUCUGAUCCUUCCGAGGUAUCGGAACCCAUAACUGUGACGUUGCAUCGUUCAGCUGUUACAGCACCAAAAUUUACUCAAGAAGUCGCCGAUACUGUUGCUUUGGAAAACGAAAAAUGCGAAUUUGUUGUUCAUUUUCUUGGACAACCUGCUCCUAGGGUAAGCUGGUUCAAGGAUGGUUUCGAAAUAUUUAGCAGCAGACGAAUCCGAAUUCUCACCGAACACGACCGAAGCAUUCUAACGAUCCAUCAGACUUCGUUGUCUGAUGAAGGCGAAAUUAAGUGCACUGCUACCAAUAGAGCUGGGCAUGUUUCUUCAAAAGCUAAACUUACCGUAGAAGCUCCACCCAAUAUAAGAUUACCUAGGAAUUACGAGGAUGGAUUACUUUUUGAAUUGGGUGAAACAAUUCGUCUCAAAGUCUCGGUCGUCGGAAGACCAACACCAUUAGUCUUUUGGCACCACAACGGAGAAUCUAUCCAAAACACUGACAGAUGUAAAAUAGAUUAUAGCGACAAUUCUUUCGCGCUCAAAAUCGCAAAUGCCCAAAGAAGCGAUAGAGGAGAAUAUCAAAUAAAAGCUGUAAAUAAACUAGGCACUGAUACCACAUCGUUUUUGGUUACUGUCACCGAUAAACCAUCACCACCAGUUCCAUCUGUUCCAGGUAAAGCUAGAGUAGUUAUGACUCUUGGUAGAUCAGUUACCCUUUCCUGGACCUCACCAAAUGAUGAUGGAGGUUGUAAAAUCGGCAACUACAUUAUCGAAUAUUACAGACUCGGUUGGAAUGUUUGGCUUAAAGCUGCUACUAGCAGACAAUUAACUACUAGACUUGGCGACCUCAUUGAAGGCAGCGAGUACAAGUUCCGCAUCAAAGCUGAAAGUCCUUAUGGAGUUAGCGAUCCUAGUGAAGAAUCUGAAAUUGUUUUUAUACCAGAUCCCAAACGAGGAUUAAAUAAGCCUCUUAAAAGAGAUAGUGAUCAAGACUUUUUUGAGGAAAUUACGUCACCCAAACCUAUCAGGAGAAAACGAUCACAGUCAACCUCUAAAGUACCAGCAUAUAAUGCCAAUACAGAAGAAAUUCCUCCAAUGAGGCCCAAACGGACUAAGAGCAAAAGUCAACAGCAGACUCCUGAUACAUCACCAAUGUUGCCACGUAAAGACGUAGUUUCAAAAUUGAAUCAGCAUAUUUUUGAUAGGGCAUCUUUGGCUAGAGAUUUGGCAUAUGGAUCACCCGAUUUAAAAUUACAGGAAACCUCAAAAGCUUCAUACAAGGUUACUAUACAGGCACCUAAAGAACAGCCAACACCAGCAAUUGUAGAGCCACAAUUAAGUCCAGAGAGAAAAAAUAAACUUAUCAGGGAACAUAGUGGGAGCUCGGAGUUUAUGUUGGUUUUAUAUUCUGAUGAAAAUAAUCAAGAUGAAAAGGACCUAAUACUGAACUUCGACGUAGACCCAGUACCGCCUCCUUUAUCCCUAUCAGCCCCAGAACUGAGCUGCUUGGAGCAACCCCAAUUUCCACCCCUCAAAUACUCAUCUAGCUCCACUGAACUGUUACACGAAAGAGCGAUGAUACGUUUCUACGAAGAUGCCGAAGCUGAAGACAAAUUACUAGAAGAAAAGAAAAGUAUUCCGAAAAUCCAAAUAAAUAAUAGGGAAAGUGACGACAUUGUUGGAUUGGAUAGAAGGCAUUCUUUGAGAAGAAAAUUCUCAUCUGGUGGAGUAGCCAAAUGGGCCCAAAAGAGAUACAGUCUAAAAAACCCAUCAGACUUGAAACAAGAUUUAUUAUCAAAUACUACUAAUCUGAAAAAAUCCCCGUUAUCUGCUAAAAUGAAACGUGAAAUAAUGAUGCUCAAUGAACAAUCAACAUCGGAGGAACUUACAGAUCAAGAAUUUGAAAAACAAAAAAAAGUUUAUUCCCAAUCAAGUUUUGAAAAUAGGCCUGUUACGAGUACAGAAGAACUAGAAUGGAACAAAGAAUAUGAAGAAAGUCUAUCAGAGAGUGAAUCCGAAUCAGAGGACUUGGAAAAGUUCAAAUAUGAAGUCUCGAAAGGCAAAAAAGUACACUUAAAUAAAGGUUUCAAUGAAGAAAGUACUUACCGACCUGCUGGAGGUCUUAGUGGGAUGGUAAUCACGAAUGAACCAUUCGAAAUUCUAAAUAAAAGAAAAGAGCUGCCUGAUCCUAAUUUCAUUCCAAAACCUAUACUUAAAAAGACAGAUUCGCCUCAAAAUAUUUCCCCAUUAAUUUCACCCCCGCAAUCACCAACUAGAGUUUCUAGAGCCCUAUCACCACGUCCCGAUGUAGUUUUACAAAGAGACAGGGCCAAAUCGUUGGCAAUUCCAAUGUUGUCACCUCUAGUAUCCUCUGGAGAUGAGAGCGAUGAACCGAAAAAACCUAGAGUAAGAUCGUUGUCUUUAACUGCAGCUCAAAAUGUAUUAUUGCCAUCAUCGCUGUUAAAGAAGAAAAAUAAUGAAAAGUUACCAACAAAAAUAGAUCUUCCAAAAAGUAGAAAUAGCGGGACUUUGCCAAAUAUUUCAAUUAUGGCUCAAAUAACUGGGAUUGCUGCAGCCAGCAUAGUUAUUCCCAAAAACCUGCUGGAUAAAAAGAAAGACGAUGAAGAGGUUAAAGUAGUUGCGGACCAUUAUGAUCAUAUCGUGAGGACUGUUGGGCAAAAACGUCGAGCCAGUAAUCCAUUUUUGAAUAGAGACGAAUUGAAAAAAGCUGCAGAGAAUUUUGAAGAUGGUAAAGAGCAAACACCUUCAAAAGAGAAUCUGAGUCAAGAUAGUGGUUAUCAAAGUAUUUCUGGGUAUAGAUUUAACGAUUAUUACGAAACUGGAUCAAAAAAUAAUAAUGAUGGAAGGAAAUCAUUGGAGGAAUUGCACCAAAAUGAUGAAAAUACUUCCAACCAACAAUUAUUUUAUUAUAGGAGAGGCAGUAGUAUAAGAGUUGCUCAACAAACCCCAAUGGAUAAUAAAAAUAAUCCAGAAAAGCUUUUAGAAGGAGAAAGUUCUGUAGGGAUUCAAACAACUUCCUCAGUCCUACCAUUGAGAAGAGAGAGCGAUGCUGGUUUUCAACGAACAACUCCAUUAGAAGGAAAGAAUAGUCAUAUUACUCCUAGAAGAGACAGUGGUGUAGGAUACCAGUCUCUUGCGCUAACAAGAGACAUUCAAAAAAAUCCUUUAGAGCCACGAAGAUCUACUGAAAUCCAAAGAGGUCGAGCUGCCUCACAGUCUAAAGGUCGUAGAUCUGUGAGCCGUUCAAAAUCACCUUCUAAAAGAGGACCUAGCGUAUCUAGAAGACCGCCUUUUGAUGAAUCUUCAAGUAGACCUAAAAAAUCAUCUCCAUCGCCACUAAGUGCAACACGUAAACCAAUGCUGAAAGAAAUCACUACUCAAACUUCAGGCUAUUUAGAAUCAUUUGAUCUUACUGACAAGCAAUUUCAGGAUCAACUGCUGGCCCGAGCUGAAGUCCAAGUGCGAUCGGCUGUAGAUUGGUUGACAGAUUUAGCAAUGUUUGCUGUAGCCUGUUGGCUGUAUUUAUUUGAAAAUGAACUCCUAGCGAUUCCUGUUUUGUUGAUAAUGGUUUAUAGACAGUUGAAAGAGGAAAUUCGGAAAAGAAUUCCCGUAUGGCUUUUGAGGAAAUUGCAGAGAAGAAAUCCGGAAAAGAAAAUGUAGGUUUUUAUUUGUCAGCAUAAUUUUCGUUUUAAUUUUUGUGUAUUUUAAAGAGUUAACUAUGAAAUCUAUGAUUUCAAAUCAGUAUAUUUACGUACCUAUAUAUUAUUUAUAUUAGAAAUAAAUUAUAUUUAAA